AAAACGUCGGCUCUUCAAAACGCAGUCGUUUAGAAGAAGACAGAACCAAGCGUCGUCUCGUAUCAAUGGUUCCUCGUUCCGAAACAAACGGUGGCGAUUCGACGAUGAAUCCAUCUUGAAAAAGUGGAAAACGCGCGCGAUUUGAACAUUUUGCGAUGCUUUUCCCACUGAAAUCAUUAAAAUAUUAUCUUUUCGAGUAAAUAAAUACAUUUAGGAAAUGGAGAUUAAGACGAUCAAAGACGAGGGAAGAAGCAAGGACUAGGGAGAGGCUCGACUGUGAUUGAUCAUUGAUGAAGGGGAAGGGCCAUGGGAGGAGGACCGGCAGUGGAAGACGAAGUGGAAGUAGGGAGACGGGCAAAAUGAAGGGAACGCUAGCUAAGCACUUGCAGAAUCAGCUAGGGCAAGUAUCCCUCUUUCCCCUUCACCAACAAUCAUCAUCUUCUGCCAUCCCUCGCUUCCAGAAUCUUCUUGAAGCCGAAGCCCGUGACAGCAAUCUCCCCUCAUCAUCUCACGCACUGGAUCACAUGGUUGACGCCAAUGUGGACGACAAAGAUUUCAUUCUCAGCCAAGAUUUCUUUUGCACUCCAGACUAUAUAACCCCGGAUAAUCAGUAUAUUUUUAACGGCUUGGACUGCAACAAGGAGAAUAUCCCGUGUCCGAAAUCACCGGAAAAGCUGAAUACUAUAAAAAGCAAGAGAUGCCGAUUGGAUGGUAUCUCAGGGAACCCUCUGAGCCCUACUUUGUCUGGUGGUCAUCAAGCUGUGGAGCUGGGAACUGAGUCUACUGCAGAUGAAGUAGAUAUCGAGAAACUGAUUUCCACUGGCAAACCAAAGGCUCAAAAUUAUCUCUCACAUUCUGUGAUUGCCUUGCGCUCUAGGGUCAUAUCCCCUCCUUGCUUUAGGAACCCAUAUUUGAAAGAUGCUUUAAAUAAGGACAAAGUUCCCUAUGGGAACCAAAGAUCAAAAUAUGCAGGUCUAUUCUCUGCAAUUACUGGUGAUGAUGGGCUUUCACGAUAUCGCACUGACUUCCAUGAGAUUGGGCAAAUUGGUAUAGGAAACUUUAGUAAUGUUUUCAAAGUUUUAAAGAGAACAGACGGUUGCUUGUAUGCUGUGAAACACAGCACAAGACAAUUGUGCCAGGAAACAGAAAGGAGAAAAGCUUUGAUGGAAGUUCAAGCAAUGGCAGCCUUAGGAUCCCAUGAAAACAUAGUGGGAUACUAUUCUUCAUGGUUUGAAAAUGAGCGGCUGUACAUUCAGAUGGAGUUAUGUGAUCAUAGCUUAUCCAUGAGCAAGGCCAAUACAAUGUUUACAGAAGGACAAGUGUUAGAAGCACUGCAUCAGGUGGCAAAGGCACUGUUGUUUAUCCACGAAAGAGGAAUAGCUCAUCUUGAUGUUAAACCUGAUAAUAUUUAUGUAAAAAAUGGUGUUUAUAAGCUUGGUGAUUUUGGCUGUGCAACUCUCCUUGAUAAGAGCCUUCCAGUUGAAGAGGGCGAUGCACGUUAUAUGCCCCAGGAAAUCCUGAAUGAGAAUUAUGAUCACCUUGAUAAGGUUGAUAUUUUUUCUUUGGGAGCUUCUAUUUUUGAGCUCAUUCGAGGAUCACCUCUGCCAGAAUCAGGAUGUAAAUUUCUUAAUCUGAAAGAAGGCAAGCUGCCACUCCUGCCAGGCCAUUCCUUGCAAUUUCAGAACUUGCUCAAGGUCAUGAUGGACCCUGAUCCAAUUAAACGACCGAGUGCAAGAGAGUUAGUGGAGAAUCCAGUCUUUGAUUUAGCCACAAGAAAUGCAAAAUGUUGAAGGGGCAUGGUUUUUUGUUUUCUUUUCGGGGCUUUUUGUAUAUUGCACAUGUAAGCAUCAUCCAACAGAGCCAGUGGUUGUGGCCUAUUUUGUAUCCCCGACAAGUUUUGUUACGAGUCAAAUGCGCCAGAUUUUCCGGCAGCGCGGUGCAAGCUUUA